GAAUGCAACGCGCCCUCACGCUGUUACGGCUGAGCAUGCGCUGUUAGCGGUUCCGGCGCACGUGGGAUCCGCUUCCGGCAGCGAGCAGUGGGACCAUGGCCGCCCUCCUCCGAGCUGUGCUGGGGUUGCCAAGGCCAGGUGCGUGGGGGAGGCCUCUGUAUGGGGUGUGCCUCUGCAGUGGGCAGGACCCUGGAAGGUGGGUGGGGAGCAGGCUGCCGGCCUUGAAGGAGAAGCCCCCAGGAACAGACACCGAGAAAUUCCAGAUGGUCUACCGGUUUCAUGCCAUCAGAGCCGUUGGGGUCUUGUCUCGGCUGAAGGUGGCGCAGACGGCGCUGACAGUAAUGGCCCUGCCGCCCGGCCUCUACUGUUACUCCCAGGGCCUCAUGGCUUUCAACGCUCUGUGCCUCGCGGGCGGGGUCGCUGGCUUUGCACUGGCCAUGCUGUACUGGAUGAGCUAUUUCUUCCGGAGGCUGGUGGGCAUCCUGUACGUGAACGAGUCCGGCACUGUGCUGCGGGUGGCCCACCUGACCUUCUGGGGCCGGCGGCAGGACACGUACUGCUCCGUGGCUGACGUGAUCCCCCUGACAGAAAGCGAGGACCGGCCCCAGGAGGUGUUCGUGCGCAUCCAGCAGUAUAGCGGGAAGCAGACCUUCUACCUCACCCUGCGCUACGGACGCAUCCUGGACAGAGAACGGUUCGCGCAGGUGUUUGGGAGGCUGGACACACUCAAGUGAACUGGGAGCCAGGCCUCUGGGUACUGCUGGGUCUGCAGUGGGAAGGCCCGACUUGUGGGCGAGGCUGCAGGAGGGGAUCAGGCAGCUGGAGAUGUUGCCAGGGCUCCUGGGAACUUGUCUUUUGGGGAUGAAAAAGUUCAUGAGGCAGGAACUGGUAACCAGCUUUGAGAGAGAGGACCUUAGUGCAUAUUCUUACUGCACUUGUGUGUGACAUCCAGCCCGAAGUUUCUGUUAAGAGCCACUUCUUGGAGGCAACGACACCAGGUUCCCUGAAGCAGUACAGUGCUGUGAAAUGGGAAGAUGGGUGGCAGGGGGCGCACAGGCUUCAGGUGGCAGGAUUUGGGGUCAGAAGGCCUAGGUUCUGUCAGUUCUCCCCAUCCCCAGGCAGGUUUCACGCCUUUGAACCUUGGCCUUCACAUCUGUGGAAGGGAAAAUCCUGCCUGUACCAUGGGGUGGCUGUGAGAGAAAACAGUAAAUGUCAGGGUUAGUUUGGAGCUGGUGGUGUGGUGAAAGGCUUCCAGGCAGUCAUUCCGGGCAGGGAUUUCCCAAGCCCUGUGCUGGGCACCCCCCGACCUGGCAGCUGAAGGGACUGCGCUGAAGUCUAGAGGUGGGUCAUUUCAUCCUGCCAGGGUGGUAACUGUGCAGCGACUGGGGUGGGAUUGGAUGGGUGUCACCCGAGGGCGCACAGCACCCUUGCCGAGGUUGGGCUCACCACUCAGAGGUCUUAGAGGCUCCUACGUUGGAAGGCUUUGCAAUGUGAUGAGGACAGAUGAACCGUGUGCCGUCCUGUUAUUUUGUAAACUAAAGCCAGUUAUAUACAUGCAGUGCCCCUCCGCCCCGUAAUUAGAAUUACUCACUUGUCACACAAUCUGGAAGGCAGGAUCUUUAUAAUUAUGCCACUCAAAAGCCAAUACCUGUUUUGUUGUGUGGACUUCCAGUCUUUUUUUUUAUUGUAAAAUAUACAUAAUGUAAAGUUAUCUUUUUAACCAUUUUUAAGUGUAGAGUUCCGGAGUGUGAAGUAUAUUUUACAGGGUUGUGCAAUCAUCACCAUCAUCCAUUUCCAGAACUAUUUCUUCAUCCCCAACGGAAACUCUGUACCCGUUAAACACCCACUUCCCAUUCCCUUUCCCUCCCGCCCUUGGCAACUACCAGUCUCCUUUCUGUGCCUAUGUAUGGGUUUUCCUAUUCUGGGUAUUGUGUAUAAAUGGACUGUGCACCAUGUGGCCUGUUAUGUGUGGCUUUCACUUGGCAUCGUGUUUUCAAGGCAUCCAUGUUAUAGCAGGGGUCCGCAUUUUAUUCCCUUUUUAUAGCUGAGUAAUGUAUGUACCACAUUUUGUUUCUCCUUUCAUCUGUUGAUGGACAUUUUGAUUGGUUGUUUCCACCUUUUGGCUGCUGGGAAUAAUGCUGCUGUGAACAUUGGUGUAAAAUACCUGCCGAGGCCCCGCUUUCAGCUCUCCUGGGUAUAUCUGAGAAGUUGUGUUACCGGAUCUCAGGGAGACUGUGUUGAAGGAGGUGCCAAACUUUUGCACACCAGCUGCACCAUUUUAUAUUGCCGCCAGCCAUGCAUAAAGGUCCAAUUUCUCCACUUUUUUGGAUAAUAGCCAUUCUGAUAGGUGUGAAGGAGUAUUUCAUUGUGCUUCUAGUCUUUUCUAAAAGCACAGAUUUUAUACUGUAUUGAAAAUUGGGGUUUUUCCUUUUUUUUUUUGCUUCGUGAUUUAACACAAGACUAUCGCAGCUACACUCAUUAAAAAUAUUCCAUCACGAGGAAAGAAACAUAACUAUGUGAGGUGCUGGAUAUUAACAACACUGUGGUAGUCAUUUUCCAAUAUGCAUAUGUAAAUUAUUAUGCUGUACAACUUAAAGUAGUAAAAUGUUAUAUGUGAAUUAUAUCUCAAAAUUUGGG